GAGAGCUUUGGUUAUGGCGCGACGUUGAGUGUGUUACAAAAUUAGAAUGUACAUUUUUGCUUUUGUAUUUUUGGGAUGUGUAGAAUGCAUUUUAUCGAUUCAAUAAAAUAUCAAUCCGAUAAGGAAUAUUGUGUAAUGUGGACUGGCGGUACUGUAAGAACCACUAACUGUAGUGUGUGUGAUUUGUUUUAACCUGUGUAGGUCCAUCGUUUCAGUCUUAAAAGUUUUUGUAAGGAACCAUAAGUUUUCGUGUGAGAUCACAACACGUUAUGCUGUGUGAUUAUCUGCCUUGUUGUGUUAUUGAUGCGGAUUUUGUGCAUGGAUUGACUUCGUCUGAGCAUCAACUGAAAACCAUGUGAACUUUCUACUGAAGCUGCCAUAAAGGACACACAUUACACAGAUUUAUUUGGACAGGAUAUUCAACAUGGAGAGCCUCAGCACUGUUGGUACCUACAACUUGAGUUUCAGAGAAGUGCUACCCCACAGAACAACAGCUGAAAAGUGGAAAGAGAUCACAGUUAAUGUAGGAAGUUCACAAAGCACUUUGAGGGACAUAAAAGUACCAGAGAAGUCGGGGGGCUACUCGUAUAAAGAAGUUAAUGGUACAUUUACGAGAAAUAGAUUUAUAUACUGGCGCAUCUGUCAUGAUGUCCUUGAAAUUGCAGAAAAUAGUUUGGAUUUUAAUUUAGCUGGCGACAGUGUGCGUUACAAGUUUCAAAAUUCUCCAAUACUGGAAGGAAUUUCCAUUUUUGAGACCAAAUCACGUGUUGUUAUAUUAGUGACAACAGUCUCUAGUGUGCAUAAGCUGUCUUUCCCACAUCCCAAUGAGAUGUAUAGUGUGGAUUAUAUUACUAAACAUCAUCCUGAUUUAUCACUUAAGUCCAUUUUCCAUGAUGCCUCACUGAGUGCAGCAAAAGAUCCCAGUACAUUUUAUGUUAUUGAUCAUACAACAACAAAUUCACCAUUGCCCCACUGUGCUGCGUCUCUGUUUACAGUGAACAAAUCGUGUUUAUUUGCUUUAGCUUAUUCGACAGGGACUAUCACGCUGGUUGAUAUGGACAAAAACGGUGAAGUAGAUUUAAAAGAAAUAAAAGAGACUUCAAUUUUUCCUCGAUUUUUGAAGGGAAUUCUACGUGGUAAAACUGCCUACGAAAUGGCUGUGAGUAUGGUACUACACGCAUUUGAUGUCGACUAUGGCCUAUUUAGCCUUCAUCGAGAUGGUGUUCUCCGAAUGUGGUCGUGCAACAGCUCGGACUGUCUUGCAGAAAUUGAUAUUGCUUCUAAUAAAACAGUUAAUGGUGUGCGACCCACAGAAGGUGUGCAGCCUCAUAUUAUGAAGAAGACUUCUGGCAUAGAUGAAGGUGUCUGUACACUUUGUGUUUACCUUAACUUUUCUCAGUUCUCUGAAGUGCAUUUAAUAAAGCUGGUAAACCGAGAAGGGACAUUUGUCUUUGAAAAUGUAUUUGUUAUUGAUGCUCUGCCACACGAUUUAAUUGACCUUUCCAUAGGAUCACAGCGCAUUUGGGCUCUGUGGCGUACAACAGAAGGUAACACUCUUGUAUCGAGCAUCGUACUGAACUACAAAGAUCAUGGCUGGCAAUUUUCUUUAUUAGAAAAAUUGCCGAGUAUUGAAGCGUGUGUAUCUGCUGGCAUGGAUAUUGCAGAAGAAUGUCUGAAUUACAUAUUUUAUCCGGGAAGAUUUCCUCUGUCUGUCAUUACAAAAGCUGUGACCAUUUUUCGCCGUAGCACAGUUACUGCUUCUUAUUCUUUGUCAUUGAGGCGGCUGAAACAGAUUGUUAUAUUAGCAAUUGAGGCUGAAAUUGAUAAAGAUCCACUGAACAAGGAACUCAAUGACAUUGAUAAAUUGGACUUGGUGUACCAGACAUGGCUACGUUUUUAUUCUUGCUGUGUUCAGCUAUAUGAGGCACAUACUCGUCCACUCGGUUUGUUACCUUUACAUAGUUCUGGAAUAGUGCUAGUCAAGAAACAGGAAUAUUCACUAUUGAGACCAAUGGAAACAUUAGAAUACAUGUUACUGGCAGGAUCGGAAUUAAUAGCCAAACAGACAUUUCACCUUCUUCCUCCAGAGCGAAAACAAUAUGAUGUCAUGCAGGACUUGAUUCUUUUGAUGUCAGUAUUGAUCGCAUUAGAAGAUAGACUACCUGAAGAUAUGAAAGAGCAUUUCAUGGAGCAAAUGCAGCAACAAAAGAGUCCAGACCAGGUGGCAGAUGCUAUGUUACACGAACUCACUGCAGAACGAGCUGUGUAUGACAAUGACUUUUUAAUAAAUAUUGGAAAGAAAUUGAAUGGGAUAAAAAAUUUGUAUUCCACACUUGUGUUGCUCAUUGAUACUCUCACACUGAAACAAUGUUCUUUGAGAGGGGAAGCAUAUGAGAAUACGAAGGAGGCAUUUAGAGAUUUGGGGCCAUCUCUCAAAUACGUGUACAGCAGCAGUCUGGCAGUGCCUGCAAUAGCAAUGAGCUUGCACCAAUUUGUUACUGUGAGGUAUUCAAUUUGCAGGAGCCUUCUUUUGCUCCAGCAGUUAUUACUGUGUUACCACAAGAAAUUGCUGUUCAAAAUCGUGGAUUCACAAUAUGCAGAUGUCUUGCAUAAUUCCUUGGUCCCCAGUGUGGUGUUGGCUGCACAGUCAUAUUUUGUUCUGCUGUGGGCAUGUACUACGACUAUUAUGUUUGGAGGUCCUCCAUCGUCAGCUCAUGACAGUUAUUUUACAUCUGAAGCAAGCACCUCUCUGUCCCGUUCCUCUUCGUACCAGAGAACUGUCACGGUGCUGGAAGCAUAUUUGCAGCAGUGGAACAAUACAGUGCCAGCAAGAACGUGGUUGGAUUACUGGGCAAUUGAAGACUUUUCCAUGUGGCACAGUUCAAUGCUAGCAUAUACAACGUUAUUGUGUCAGCAGUUAUGGCCAGUGUGGAAUAACUUUGAUCUUCCAAACUUUCUGUUAUCAGUGGGACAGUGUACACUGGUACAACAGUACAUGCGACUUCUGGACAGCUGGUGUGAAUCUUAUGCAAGUUCACGGAAAUAUUUGCAUGGUCUGGCAUUAUUACAGCUUGGUCAUCAUCACAAGGCACUUGAUUGCCUUGUGCAGGCAUCUGCUGGCAUGGAAGAUGCUGUCUUCUUGGAGUUGAUUGACUGCCAGAAUGCAGAUCCAGAACGACUACAGGUGCAGUACUACUUAAAUCUGAUUAAGAAGUUUGAGAUGGAAAAGCAUUGGGAUAGUGUAAUAAACUUAGCUACAAUUGGUCUUAGCAAAGCUAAAACAAAUGAAGACAUAUGUACAUUUCAGUCUAUAAUAUUUUUACAACACAUGAAACUGGGACAUUAUGUUGAGGCAUUUUAUAUACUUCCACAAAUGCCAGUUUCUGUAUGUCGUCAUGAUUGUAUGCGACAAGCUAUCGUCACUUUGACAGAAAGAAAUCAUUUUGAUUAUCUUCUGGAGUUUCCUUGCCAGGAUAUGUACUCAGAAUUUGAGAGUAUUCUCUUAUCAAGAGCACGAACUAUGGAUUUACAGGAUUCUCCAUACUACAACUUCAUGUAUUCCUUCUUCAUCAAAAGGGGGCAGCUAUGGGAUGCAGCCAAAGUAAUGUAUGAACAAGGAUUUCGCCUAGGACGUGAAGGAGAUGGAACUCUCUCAACUAUAGAAACACAAAGUCACUGCUAUUUAGCUGCAAUUAAUAUCCUCUCACUUCUUGAUGAAGAUGUGGCGUGGGUUGUGAAGCCUAUUGAAAAAGUCCCAAUGGGAAAUGAAUUAUUGGACACAGAAUUAGAUGAACUAGAAGAGGCACUUGGUGAAGAACAGGAACAUGAAGAACAACUCGAAGAGUCACAUGACGAAUUGAAAGAAGAAACUAUAGAUGAUACCAUUGAGGUGAAACUGAAGGAAGAUGUGUGUGAUCAGCAGAGGAAGGUACAUGAAGUGCCUCAACAAGAACAGGAAAAUGACAAAGAUGUGGAAAUUGUGGGAGAAGUAAAAGAAAGGCUUACCAAGGAGGAGAGGUGCAGGAGAGCUGUAGCUAUUAUGGAGGAAUUUGAGAGAGAACUUGAAGAAGAACUGGAAAAAGGUGUCGAGGAAGAGAUGAAAGAUGAGGAAAUGUUAAAAUGUGAAAGGAAAGAUAAAGUACAGCUGUUAACUGUUAAUGAAGUGCGUAAGGAAUAUAAGGUAGUUAUGGCAAAAAUAAGACUGAUGAAAUUCUGUCCCAGAGAAUACUCCAACAUGGCGCCUGGUUUGGGAGUAAAUGACUUUGUGGCAGUGCUAACUAGUGUUGGGUUAUAUGAAUUAGCACUUGAACUGUGUGAUAUUUUUUCUCUCUCCAUGCAAUCAGUAUUUGAGGCACUCACCAUGACCUGUAUUUCACUGUCAACAUUGCGGCGUUACACCACUGAGGACUUGGAUUAUGCGUGGCAGUGGUUACAUGAAAAUGGUGUGUCAAACAUUGUGGUCAGUGAGCACAAUAUAGUAAAUCUUGCUUGGGGCCUAUUGGAAACUUUGUGUGAAAAAUAUGAAGGACAAGAUGACACACAGCUACACAAGGCUAUUGCUGAAAGAUUAUUUCUACUUGAUAUGCAAAUACCUCACUGGAUUCAGGAUUACUACUGUCAGUAUAACCCCACGGAAUACCUUCGACUACUUUUACGUUAUGGUCAGUUUGAGAAUGCUGCUGCUUUGGCUGAAAAAUAUUUGCAGACAGCUAUGGGUGUCAGCCACCACAGAUUUGGCAUGAAGCACACACUUCGUGAUGCCCCAUUUCCAACAUAUGUUCCUAUUCAUCUGAUAGAUGUGCUUUUGUUAGAAAUGGAUGGAAAUCAAAGACUUCAAGAAGCAUUUGAAAGUUUAACUAAACUUAAAGACCAAUACAUAAAAACAGUGACAAGUGAGAAUAUUACAUUGUUCCAACGAAGGCGGAAUGAGGAGUGAAUUUUAUGAAGUUCAGCAACCAAAUUGAUGAUAAAAUGUGCUGCUACACAUAAAAACCUGUGCUGCACACAGCACCAUUUAGAAGGUGUUUUUAUUCAUCUCAUGAGGAGAAAAUCAGACAUUUUGUUUUGUACACUUUUUACAGUUAUUUUUCAAGUGAUAGCCCAAGUGGCAGUUUUAAGUAAAUGUCUUGUUGAAGUUUUUGUAUAUUAAAUUAAUGAAAUUUGUUGUGUAUUUAUUUCAUGUGUAGUGAACAGUGGAAGAAACCCAUUUUAUCACGUACUUAAUCAAAUGCAGUGACCACUUGAACCGAGUAUUGUGUAAUAGAAGUUUUUUAAACAUUUUCUCUACUUUUAAAGAACAUCCAUACCAGAAGUACGACUGUUCAAGUGAUGAUAUAUUUUUGUACAUUGUUUUGUACUUGGUGCUGAAAUAAAUUAGUUACUGCUAUCUUUGUUAAGAAAAGAAUGGUGGGAGAAAAGUUCCAAGAUGAAGUUAUUUUAUUGUUUAUGUUCUUUAAUAUUUUAAGCUUAUUCUGGCCAAAAUGGUUUUUUUUAUCCCAAAUGAGUGUCAUUCUGUAUAAGUUCAUCGUAAGAAGGAAGGAGGAUUAGGUUUGAAAGUGGUUAUGAGAACCUGAGACAGCAAAAGCUUGGCUAGGGCAAGGAUGAGGACUGCAUGUUGUCAGUACCUCUUCCAAAGGAUCCAUCCCAGUAAUCACCUUUAUCUGUUUAGGUAAACCAUGGCCAAAUAAAUCCAUAUUACUGGACAGAUUCAAAUGCUGCUCCCUCCAUUCCACUGUAUUAACCAAUUAUGCCCCAUUUGACAAUGUAUUGUGUGUGCUGAACGGGUGGUUUGAGAAUGAGAGUGCAGAGAAAAUACAGGAAAUGACAGUAUUGCAUGAUACACUGAUAAGCCAAAACAUUAUGACCACUGACCACCGUGACGUUGGAUGCUGCCUGGUGGCAUUGCGGGGACGUGAUGUGGUAGCGGAAGUAUUGAAGUGGAGCAGACACAGAUGUGGGAUCACCCUAGCUAAGAUAUGGGCUGCAAAUGGGGAAAUCCAUUGACAUAUGCAACUUUGACAAAGGGCAGAUGAUUAUUACUCAGAGCCUGUGAAUGAGUAUCUCAAAAAUGGCGAAACUGGUCAAAUGUUCAUGUGCUACUGUUAUGAGCAUCUAUGGAAAGAGGUAGGAGGGUGGUGAAACUACCACUAGGCGCUAAAUGGUUAGACGUCAAAACUCUUCACAGAACACAGGGUUCGGAGGCUUGUCUGCUCUGUAAAGUAGGAUAGACGGUGAUUUGUGGCAUCUCUAUGGAAAGAGUAAAAUGCUGGUGCACACACAAGUGUUUCAGAGCACACUGUUCAUUGUACAGUGUGCAACAUGGAGAUCUGCAGCAAAUUACCCCUACGUGUUCACCAGUUGACCCAACAACGUUGUCAGUAAGAUUGCAGUGGGCACAGAACCAUUGGGAUUCAACUGUCGAUCAGUGGAAAAGUAUUGUCUCCUCGGGUGAUUCUCAUUUUUGCUACACUAGGUCGAUUGUCAUCUCCACAAAUGAGGUCAUUGAGGUGAACGGCGGCUCGAAAUGUGCAGUGUACCAUGGAUGCAGGCUGAUGGGAAAAGUAUCAUGCUGUGAGAGACAUUCUUCUGUGCUUGUAUGGGACCUGUGCUAGUAAUCAAAGACAUGCUGACAGCUGCAAACCACUUGUUUCCCUUCAUACUUGAGUCUUCCCUGAUGGCGAUGUCAUCUUUCAGCGCUAUAAUUGUCCACACCUAUCAGCGUGGUGCAGUGAUUAGCACACUAGACUCGCAUUCAGGACGACGAUGAUUCAAACCUAUGUCCGAUCAUCCAGAUUUAGGUAUUCUAUGAUUUCCCAAAAUCGGUUCAAGUGAAUGCUGAGAUGGUUCCUUUGAUAGGGCGCAGUUGUUUUCCUUUCCCAUCCUUGACACAACCCGAGCUUGUGCCCAGUCUUUAAUGACCUUGGUGUCGAUGGGAGAUUAAAACCACUCUUCCUUCUUCUUUUGUGUAUAAUUGUCCAUGUCUUGGAACCAGAAUCAUGCUUCAGUGGUUUGAAGAGCAUUUUAGUGAACUGACAUUGCUGUCUCGGUGGCCAAGUUCGCCUGAUGUAAAUCCUAUGGAACCCAUCUGGGUUGCUAUUGGGUGUCAUCCCCGUGUAUGCUAAGUCAGCAGCUGCCCGUUAUUUACAUGAAUUACAUUACCUGUGCGUAGACAUCUAAUGCCACAUACCUUCUCAAAUCUACCAACAAACUGUUGAAUCCCUUAUAUGCAGAAUCAGUGAUGUAUUUCAUUCCAAAGAUAGACAAAUAAGCUAUUAAGCAGGUGGUCAUAAUGUUUUGGCUCAUCAGUGUACAAGGAGCUAAUAUGAGGCAUGUAAUUUUUAAAUACAGCAGGUACUAUCAGCAAUCCAUACUGAGUACUGUAUAUAUUGGCUACCCACAUAUGCCAUAAUGGAAGAAUUCAACUGUGUUUACAUUUGUUUGUGCUUAUUUAAAAAAAAAGUCUGAAAAUCCUGCUUUGUUGGAAAUAUGCACUGUGAUUUGUUUUUGGUGUAUAAAAGCAAUUGAAGUUCAUUGGCAGUUUGGUGGUGAAGUUUAUGGAGGAAACACUACAAACAAUGGAAUGGCAAGAAAAUGGGUUAUGUGCAAUUAAAGAUGGUUGUCCUAAUGUCAGUGAAGUGGGCAAUUGUCUGUCAUCAUUGAAGAAAGCUGAUGAAAAAGUUUAAUAAGAAAACAGACACUUAACAAUUUUGGCCUUAUCUAAUGAAUUCCCUCUGGCUUGAAGAAAUGUUUACGAAACUCGUACAGUACUAGCAGAAGUUGUACUGAGACAGGAUACUGCAAAUGCUGACUGAAGUACUAAAACCAAUAAAAUAAUCAGUGUUUUGAGUUUUUAAUGAUACAGUCACUAAUUUUUCAGCCAAAUUGUCACUAGAAAUAAACAUGGGUAGCUUAUGGUGUGCCUGAUACAAACGAACAGUGCUUUAAGUUAGAGGCAUUCCACAUGACUGCAGAAAGUUGCGUAAAAAAUUAUGUGCACUGUGUGUUGGGUGGGGUUUCCUGACUGGCGGGGUCCUCAUAUAGCUGGGGACAUCUUGAUUACCCUCCAUGUAACUCUCCACCUAGUAAUAACCACAUGUACCUGCACUUAAAAAGUAUUCAGGUGGUUAGUACUAUGAUUAUUACUGUAAACAGCCAUUUGGUAUAUCAGGCAGCAGACUUUUAUGACAAUGGCAUUCAGAUGUUGGUUGUACAUUAUAAUAAGUGACUAAAUGUUUGUGAAAAUUCUUGUAAUGUAGUUACAAGUGUAGGCACUCAUGUAAUAACAAAAUUGUUUCAAAAAGUGCACAUAUGGU